CAAUUCAGACCAUGUUUUGUCAGACCAAGUGAAAAGGCAAAAGUUUUUUGAUGUUUUUGAGCGUUCGUUUACAUGACCAACGGUGCUCAGAGCCACUAAAAACACAACAUUUUGAAAUCUUCUCCCUCUUCUUGAAAACGCCGGGAAACGCAACGUUUUAGAAACUCUGCUACUGCGCACAAAAUAUUCUUUUUCACAUGUGCAAGUAGAUGGAUGGUAACAGCAAUGUUUUCCUCCGGGGUAUCAAUAAGAAUACAAAUCUGUUCACAGCAGUGUUGUUAAUAUUUAUAGCAGGCAUCAGUCAUUCUCAAGAAUUGUGUUUUUCCUCACAAAUUGCACAAAGAAAUGAUCAUGUCUCCAACUUGACAUUUUAAUAUCUCUUUUUUUAAGUAUCCAAAGUUAACAAAAUAAAAAGGAAAGAGUGGGCUGACUUCUUAUAAAUGACUCCCCAAAUAUAUCAAGCUUUACUUGAAACACAACAGGAUAUGUGAGAAGUAAAAUUAUAUCACACGCCACUUACAAAAAAAAAUAAAGAUCAAGUAGAAAAAGGCCUUGGAAAAAAAACACGCAACAGAUCCAAACAGUUAUGUUUGUAGCAAACGACAAAGCACAAAGUCACAACUAGACAAGAUCACAAAAAGUUUGUACUACAGCAGCUAUAACACAGUAACGUUGAGGAUAGAAAUAAUUCUGCUAUUUCUGUAGUAGUCCUAUAAAUCCACCUCAUGGCAAUAAGGAGAAAUUAGUCAGGUAAAUAAACACAAUCACUAUAGAAAAUGGAUCACAUUUUCUACAACUCUUACAAUAAUUUUUAUUCAGUGGGCAUCAUGACCCACAGUGUCAAAAGGCUGCAUGAGAAGAAUUAAAAUGAUGUUCUCUGCAUGAUAACAGACUAAAACAGUAAUGCAUCAAACAUAUUUUAGUUCUGGGGCCACAUUCUGACCAAUUUAAUGCUGAAUGUGUUGGACCAGUAAAAUACUGCUAAAAUAAACUUCAAAUUUGAAGUUUUUUUUUGUUUUGGUGCAAAGUAUGAUGAAAAUACCUUCAUAAAAUUAAACAAUUAGUACAAAAAAAGGCUGUAACCUCAACAUAAAGUCAAUUUUAAUGAAAGCUUCUGGUGCAAAAUACAGUGAAAUGUCAAAAAAAUCAUCUUUUGCAUGUUUUUACAAACUCACCCUGGCAGUAUGGUUAAUGCAAGUGCAAAAUGCAAAGUGCAAAACAUCUUUAUGUAUCUAUUAUGUAUUGAGAUUACAUCUACAUUGUGCUUGGUUGCUUUAAUUAAGAUUGAAAUAAAAUGCAAAAAAAAAAAAAAAUUCAGUAAAUAUCUGCAGAUGUGUGAAAUACUUAGUGAGGAAAUACUUUCUGGUGCAUGUUGAUAAUGAUUCACACAGUCUCUGAGAUGGAUCUGUAAAAUGGAUCAGGGGCAGAGUGACUGAGUCGAACUUUGAACUGAAUAAAAUUCACAACGUGCUACAAUCAGGUUGGAAUAUGGUUAGAAUUUUAGUGUUUCAUUGAGGUUUUCCAGAUCUCAUAAAAUACAUGUUUGUUUCCACCUUAGAUUUUGUUCCCUUGUAACCUUGGUUUGGUUGAUUGAUUAAACCAAGAGACGUCAGAACACUCAGGUGUGGUUAACGAAACAGUUUUCUCUCUGUGGACUAACCUAUGAGCUAAAAACAGGUAAAGUGGCAAUUAAAAGCCUAGCUUUUUACAAAACCUGAAGGAAAUCAAUGGUGUGCAUAUGAUUAAUUAAGGAUGCUGUGAAGGUCCUACUCUGCCUGCCAUUGGCCGGCACGUUCAUCUUUGACUUUUAGAGUGACGUUUGGUUGAGGUCAACAUCACAUCGUGAGGCUGAGCUGCACCAUUGUGUAACAGGGAAACAUUUAACAGCCCUGAGGUCAAAUCAGGCAAAACAGAAAGUGUUUGGGAUGAUGUGUCACAUUGCACAAGCUGUUAUCAGAAUCAUGUUAUUGCAGAUUCAACAUGUCAACCUGAUCUCUGCUCUGGUUCUGAAGGGGCCUGUUCAGACACUUGCAGGAAUGUCAUAUUGCCCGGUCAUGCAACUAAAAAUUUCAGGAAAUAACAUUACAGUUCUUCACAGCACUUCAGCUGAGCAGAACCAGAGGGAAACAUUAAAUGAUCAUCUCAGAGGGGUUUCUUUCUCUCCGAUAGAGAAGAAAAACAAUCAUGGAAGCUGCGCUGACUCUGAAGGCUGUGAUGAUUGUGAUGGUUGUGGCCCACGGCGGAGCGGUGCCCAUCACAGCUCCACGCAGUGAGGCGGAGGUCUCCAAAGCCCAGGACUACCUGUCCAGGUUUUUCUCUGAUGUGGGGGUCAGUGCCCCCAAAACUGUCUGGCGAAGCUCCCUGGACUCUUAUGAGGACACUCUCAAAAAAAUGCAGGAGUUCUUUGGGCUGGAGGCGACGGGGCAGUUGGACUCCAACUCGCUGGAGGUGAUGAAUCGGCCACGCUGCGGCUUCACAGAUGUGCUCAGAUACAGUCACUUUGCAGGAGGGCCGAAGUGGGACAAGACAGUGAUCACAUACAGGGUGACAGAGUACACUCCAGACUUGACUCAACGUGAAGUGGACGCCACUUUAGCCAAGGCUCUUAAACUGUACAGUGACGUUACUCCUCUGGAUUUCAAGCAGAUUGACAGCGGCACCGCCGACAUUAUGAUCAAGUUCAGCAGUCGAGACCAUGGAGAUUUUUCGCCAUUUGAUGGACCGCAAGGCGUCUUGGCGCAUGCAUUCUCACCUGGACAAGGCCUCGGCGGCGACACGCACUUUGAUGAAGAUGAGGUUUGGACGCUGUCGGCACAAGGAUCCAACCUGUUCCUGGUGGCAGCCCAUGAGUUCGGCCAUGCUAUGGGACUUUCCCACUCCAAGCUCCAGACAGCCCUGAUGUUUCCCACCUACCAGUACGUGAACACAGACGGAUACACGCUGCCAGAAGAUGACGUGCAGGGCGUGCAAGCUCUCUAUGGAGUCAGAUCCACGACAGAUCAGGUAACGGCUGAGCCCAAACCAGACCCACUACCCCCCUUGAGACCUGUGCCAAAGCCCCACGAUGAACCUGAACCCACAUCGGCUCCUGUCCCAGACCGCUGUGACGCAGGUCUCACUUUUGACGCCGUGACCACGAUUCAAGGAAAUCUGUACUUCUUUAAAGAUGGAUAUUGCUGGAGGAAGACCAGCUCCUGGGAUGGAAUCAGCAUGAAGCCGAUUCAGUCCGUCUGGGCUGGAAUCAGCAAAGUGGAUGCUGCUUAUGAGUACAAGAGAGACAAUACUGUGUUUUUCUUUAAAGGGGAUCAGUAUUGGGGGUUCACAGGAAACACUGCGCUGCCUGGUUAUCCCAAACACAUCCGUGACCUCGGCUUCCCUUCAACCAUCGACGGGGUGGACGCCGCCGUUCACGUGUCAUUCAUAAGUCGGACAUUCUUCUUUGCGGGCAACAGAUUCUGGAGCUACAAUGAAAGACGAGGCAAAAUGGAUCGUGGGUACCCAAAAUUCAUCCACAGAGACCUCCCUGGCAUUGGGUUCAGAGUGGACGCUGCGUUUGAAAACAGAGGAUACCUGUACUUCUCAUUUGGACCCAGUCAGACUGAGUACCAUUAUGUACGCAGGAGAGACAUUCGGAGCUUCUUGAACAAUGAAUGGAUGGACUGUUAAAAAAAACAAGCAGUGACAGUCCACAGAUAACACACACAUGCACGCACACACACACUCAUACACCUCAGAACAUUAUGCUCUGAGAACACCCUUUUAACGUCAACAAGUAUCUUCUUAUAAAACAUGAAAGUAAAUGCAACUUCAGCAAUCAUAGUGAAAUGUCAGACAAUGAAUUAAGAAGUUUAAUAAAGAUUUGAAAUGUAAUGCAUGCAAGUGUGCGUGUUUUUAUCUUUAUGUGUACGUGGUAUAGUGGUGGUGAGAUGAUGAUGUAAAUGCUGUUUAAAGACUUAUUUUAAUGCAAUUUAUUAUGUAAUACUAUGUGGUUUACAUUCAGUGCAAUGUUCCUUUGAGGCAUAUGGGCCCAAAAUUUUUACAAAAUCUUUUGAACAUCACCAAUCUGUAUUGCAGUUGUUAUGAAAAAAAAAAAAUCAUCAUCAUUUGGACACACU